GCGGUUCAGUAGCAGCCAUAUUGUGGCAACAGUAGGACGCGGUGUGUGUUUUGCGAGGAUGUAUCGUCGCUGGAAGUAUCGUUUAAUUUAAUUAACCGUGUCGUGUUCUCCGUUAACGCGUUAGUCAACCUGUGAAUUACAUGAGAAACAUGAGACUGAAAACGUAAUCCAUCGUCGACUGGUUCACUCGAUGCUCUUUGAGGAGCAUUUUUAGGUUACAUACGUUCUCGCAUGCUUCCGGCCGCGCGUAAAUAUUAUCACCGUAUUCAACGAUGGACUUCUCGGAGAACAAUACGAUUCAGUUCCCACACUUUUCGGAAUUGACGUCGCGAUCGAACGCGUCGAAAUUCGCCAGCGAUGAUCACGGACAAGGGGACCAAACGGUUAUUUACACAACCGCCGUUGGCCAAAAUCAAGCCAAGCAGAAUUUGCUGAUGAGUUCGGCAAAUAAAUGUUCAGCACCGAUGCUGGCCUGGCCAGAUCCGAAUACUCUGAUACAAUUGUGUGAGAAGCAAGGCAUUCGCACCAUCAACAUUCCUAAUUACAGUCAGAACAAUGCAAUACUCAGUGUACAAUCAAACAGUUUGCCUAGGAUCAUACCUAACAUGUAUCUCCAGUCGACCUCGCAGCAUGAAAAUACAAAGCAAGACAUAGAGACAAGUACUGAAAAUGAGAAACAAACUUCAACAAUGCAAGAUGCCCAAGCUCAACUUCAAAGUCAAAGUGCCAUGACAGAAUACUUCCAAAAAUUGCAAGCCACCACUCUCCCACUAACGUUGCAGCAACUGAUCAAGCUUCAAUCGGAGCAGACAAAGAAAGACAAGACUGAAGAGGAGAAAGUGGAGCACAUGCAGAACAGUAUACUCAACAUUCCCAGUAUUCCUGUGUUCAGAAACACUCAGCUGCAAAAUGGAAGCAACAGUUUCAUGAACUCGGACCAGAUGAUGAUUUCCAUCAACCCGCACGACUUGAACUUACACAUGGAGCAAGACCAAGAACAACAGCAACAAGAGAACGAGAAUACCGCGCAAAUGAAGAUCGAGCAGCAAAUACAAACGGACUCGCCAAAGACUGAGAAGAAGAUGAAGUUCCGGGCGAAAACCGGGGAGAUAAAGAUCGCCCUCGCGAUGGAUGGCACGCCGGUCUACUGUUGCCCCGAGUGCAAUUUGGCAUCUACGGAUAAGGCAGAGAUCGACCAGCAUGUACAAGCUCAUAUACAAGAACGUAAAUACCAAUGUAAGGAAUGCGGCGCGAUGCUGAAACGGAAGGAGCAUUUGGAUCAACACAUGCGCGGCCACUCGGACGAGAGGCCUUUCAAGUGUCCCGUGUGCCAAAAAGCGUUCAAGAGAAACGAGCAUCUGACGAGGCAUUACGUUAUACACUCGGGGGACAAGAACUUCGCGUGUUCCGUGUGCCAGAAGGCGUUCUCCAGGAAAGAUCAUUUGAACAAGCAUUUGCAAACGCACUUGGGUAUUAAGAAAAGCAGGUCGAAGAAAGAGACGUUCUUCGUGGAGCAGAAGGAACCUUUGGAGAAGGCAACCGAGGUUCCCGCGAUGCCUAAGGAGGAGACGAGUUUUGUCUUGAAGGAGGGCGCUUUUGUGAAGCAGGAGCCUAAUAAUUUUCUACAGUACAUACAAAGUUUACAUAAGGACCAGAAUCUGAUCCACACCUUCUCCUCGUUCAAAGAGCAGGCGACGAAAGAGAUGAACGUGUUGCAGCAGCAGGCAGUGAACAUGAACGAGAUAUUGCCGCAGAAUAGAAGAGUUCGUUCGAUGAUUGACCGUGGUUUACUGCUCAGGAACGCUCAGGAUUCGUUAGAGCGAACGGCACUAAAGGAAAGGACUUGUACCCUAUAAUAAUAGAACCAAAGAGUUUAAAAAUGUUCGCGAAGAUAGCAGUAUGUCGUCUCUUCCUUAAAAGAACACUUCUUAAUCUUGGAGAGUAGCAGUUCGAAAGGUGUCCUAAAUGCUGAUGGAUUUCAAAGAAGAUAAACUGAAUCCACAGUAGAAAACUUGUCCAUGGAAUUGCAUUUAUCCUCCUGGUUUAAGAAAGGAGCUAAAUUCUUUCCAUUGAAGUUAAGUAGAGUAUAAGACGAAAUGGUCAUUUUCGCAGACCUAAUGUAUAAGACGUAUAUUUUAACAAGGUGUUA